GCAAUAAUUUAUAAUAAGAGAAGUUAUUAAAUAUAAUUAUAAAAAUGGAUGAAUUAUUCGACUAAUUAGAAUUAGAGAUUUCUGAAUGUAAGACAUCUAUGUCUGAAUACGAGAGAGAAAUGAAUAAAUGUUUAGGAAAGUAUGAAAUAAGUACGAAUUUCUUGAAUAUGAAUAGAAUCGAUAUAAGAAUCAUAUCAAACAGUCAUUUAUUCUUAGUCAAAUUAAAAUUGUUAGAAUGCCCCAAGCUUUUCUUUUACUAAAACAUCAAGAUUUAAGGACAAUAAGAAAGAUGAUAUUAUAAAUGAACUUCCUUUAAAUGUAUCAAUGUCUAGCAUAAAGGUAUAAGAGAGAGAUAUUAAAUAUAUUAGUAAUCAUAACCAAGUGUGACAUUUUCAAAGAGUUAAAGAUUUUAGGAAACCAAAAUUAUUCCAACAACUCCAUUAGAACCAAAUUAUGACUUUGUAAAAAGGAAAGCAAGUUCUGUUGUAAUUUCAGAAUCUAAAAUAAGAGAGGAUGAUAUUUCAACUUAAGCUUCAAUGAUAACAGUUGGUCCAGGGAGUUAUGAAAUUGAAAUAAAAGAAAAGAAAUAGUAAAAUCGAACAUUUGGAAAGGAUGAUAGAUUUUAAAAAGUUAAAGUUAAUAAUUAAGAAUCGAUCAAUCCUAAUUACAAUUCUAUUCGUCCAAACAUUCCUAUCCCUAAAAUUAGUAAGCCAAUUAAAAAGAACAAAUAUUUAAUACAAAGAGAUGAAAUUAACAAAAUGAAUGAAUAAUUAAGAUUAGAAGAAUAUAGACGAAGACCUUUAGAAUUAGAUAAAGCUAUAAGAUAAAAUAUAACUGGUGUAGUAAUUAAAUAAGCUUAUAAUGAUUUUAAUUCACAUCCAAAAGGCUCAAAAAUGAGAAGAUUUUUGAUAAGGAAAUUAUUAGACGAUAUAUAAGCAAUAACUGUAGGACCAGGUUAAUAUGAGAUUCAUGAAGAAAAACAACCUUGUAUGGUAGUAUUCAAAAGUCAUUCAACGGAGAGAAGAAUUCCUCCGGAUAGACCAAUUCCAGGACCAGAUUAUUACUAUUCAAAAGAUGAUUAUAUUAAGCCAAACCCAAUAUAAGUAAAGUUUGGUAAGGAGGAAAGAAUUAAGAAAAUAAAAAAAGAAGACUUAGAUAUGAGACCAGAUUUAGAAAUAAAUGUAGAUCCAAUAAAACCAAAAGCACCUGAUGCUGUUAGAUGGGAUAUUGAACCCACUAAAGCAAGACUAACUUUAGAAAUUGAAGAUAAGGUUGCUCCUGGAUAUUAUGAUCCAUCUCAUGUUUAAGUUGAUCCAGCUAUAAAAGGUGUUAAAAUUGCUCCAUUGAAUGAUAAAAAUGAUAGGAUAAAUGUAAUUGAUCCUACUAAAGGAAAAGAUUUUAAUGAUUAUGAUGAAUAACUCUAUCCUACUUUAGAUGCAAUUAAACCAUAAAUUUAAACAUUUAAAUAUCAUGAAGAUACAGAUGUUAAACCAAUUCAUCCUCCAGAUAAAGAAUUAUUUCCAGAAUAACAUAAAUUUUAUGAUGUUAAUAUGAAUGCUAUUAGAGAAUAAUUAGUUUAAGAUAUUUAAUUAGCUGGAAAAAAAGGUAGAGGUUUAAAAGAAUGGCUCUAAUAUUUUGAUGAUAUGACUAUGUUUAAAUAAUAUAUGUAAAGAAGAAAUAAAUAACCUGAAAUUGGUGAAUAUGAUGUUUAAUUCAAAUAAAUUGAUAAAGAACUUAAAACUGUUAAUUUUAAUAGAUAUGUUGAAAUUGAUCAUGAGCCUAUACAAAAACCUGAUGGACCUAUUGAUGGUGAUAAUCUUAUUUUAGAUCCUCAUAAACCAAAACCACAUAUACCAACUUUUGAUUUUGAAAAAUAAUCAGAUCCAAGACCAGAACCUGAAAUUAAAGAAGUUGAAUUGCUACUUAAUGUUGACUAUGCACCAAUCAAACCUAGAGUUAAAAAUAUUCCUAAUUUUGAAAAAUAAUUAGAAAGACCUGAAGGACCAUAAAUUAAAGACUAAGAAGCUAUCAUAGAACCUAAAUUUGAUCAAGUUGAAAAAAGGGUUGUUGGAAAUGUUAAUUUUGAAAAAUAACCAGAAAGAGCAGAUGAUCCCAGAUUUUAACCUAAAGUUGAUAAUAAUGUCUUAUAAAUUGAUGUUAAACCUCCUAGAGAUUAAAGAACUGCUGUUUAAAUGAAUUCUAAAACUAAAAGAUUUAAUUAAAAAUAAGGAGAUAAUGAUUCAGAAUCAUAACAAUAACAAGUACCUGCUGCCAUUAAUAUUUCUAAAAUUGAAAAAGCUGAAAAAGCCAUUCGACCUAAUGUCCCAGGAAUUAAUAUGUAAAAAUAAAGUGGUAGAAAAGACUUUAUUAUAAAACAAAAAAAAUGAAAUUUUAAUUAAUUUUAGUAAUCC